AUGCUCGAAGAGAAGGCAGAUGGAACAUUCCUAUGGGUCGGCAUUGUCUGUCGGCAAUUGGAUGAUGUACCAUCAAGGAAAGCGGUUGAGACGCUGCGAGCUCAACCUCAAGGACUGUAUCGCUUAUAUCGAGCCCUGCUGAGUGCAGCGUUCGAAGACGAUGAUCCGCAAUAUGACUCAAAGUUAAAGAUGUUGUUUAUGUAUGUCACAUUUGCGCUUCGGCGCCUGACAGUGGCUGAAAUAGCCGAGGCAUGUCGACUAUACUUAGACGAGGAUAUCGAAACUCGCAUCCAGUUCACCCAAGAGAUCAUUGACUCUUCUCACUCGCUGAUGUUUACCGAUAAAUCCUACGUGCGACUGUUACAUGGGUCUGUAAAGGACUUUUUAAUAACAGAGAUGGAUGAUUUCACAGCUGUCAGAUCUAAUUCUGUCCUGUCACAUCGUUGCAUUGAGCUCAUUUCUCAAUACUGUCGGCCCGAUCUGGACAGGUCAGUGCUAGAAUCAACUUUUGGAUUUCUGGGUUAUUCAGUACUGCAUUGGCCGGAGCAUGCAAGCUUAGCCAAUGGAGAAUUGACUAUUCAGAAAGAGCAUGAAAGCUUCUUCCAAAACACUCUCGAGACAUGGAAAUGCUGGCUAGAUAAUUAUAAUUAUGCGCAAAGAAGACGGCGUGGCUCAUGGGAUGUUCUAGGACUAGACACAUCCGUAAUUCACGUCGCAGCCCGAUGGGGAAUCAUUCCGCUCAUCUUAACCGCCCAACAAAAGGCAUUAGAAGACAAAGACGACGACGGUUAUUCACCGCUACUUCUCGCGACUGAACACACUCAAAUUGAAGCCUUGCGUGUCUUGGUCAAGUCUAAUGUGCGUUUCGACUCUCUGAACAACAAGCAUCAAAAUGUACUUCACGUUGCAUGCAAUAAUUUUCGUUUCAAUGAUUGUACGCUGAUAAGGUCCUUUCUCGACAACGGUGCCUCUCCGUAUUACUGCGAUGAGGAGAAUAUGACACCCUUCCUUUAUGCACUUGGCAACCGACGAAAAAAAAUUGUUCAAACUUUCAUCCACAAUGGCUUCAAUAUAGAAUCUAGGAUUGAGAGGCGUUCGUUGCCCGGAAGAACAACAGUGAGCAAUUUGGUAUACGGAAUUUCUGAGCCCCGUGAAGGGAACAUAGAGUCCGGACUGACCGCGCUUCACUUCUCUGCUAUGAAUGCAUGUACAGAGAUGGCCGCCAUCUUACUUGGAUGUGGGGCCAACCCCAAUGUUCGUUCUGACUUAGGCGAUACUGCACUACAUCUUGGGAUUAGGCCCCGACUUCUCGGCCGCAAAAUUAACGAUGCAUGGGAGGCUGGUCAGUAUGCCAUUGAGUCAUUGACUGACUUGAUCGACGAUCAUGAGGGCUCAGAAGCUUCUAACAUCUAUGAAACCAUCAGCAAUCAGAGGUCACUCAUCGUUGAGACUCUGUUGAAGAGCGAUUCUAUUAACGUGAACUUGGCUAACAAUCAUGGGGAGUACCCCCAACAUGUGAUUGACUUCUAUAAACCUGAGUCAAUAUCUAUCCUGAAAAAGCUUAUAGAGAAAGGUGCUGAUGCAUCACAACCAAACCGCCUUUUUCAGACGUGUCUUCACCUCGCUAGUAUGGCGGGAAACCUAGAAGUAGUUUGCAAGCUCGUGGAAGAAGGUCAUGAUAUCAUGCUGGAGGACUCUAACCGGCGGAGCCCAUUCAAUUAUGCAGUCUCUGGAGUCUAUCUUGAUACCAUGGCCUUCAUGUCAAAAGCCUGCGAUAAUGUGCUUUCAGUGGUUUGGAGUUCCCUUGACCACUUUGGCAAAAGUCCGUUACAUCAUCAUGUUGCGUCUGAUAUUUGCUCUGUUCGAGUUGUGGAUUACCUUAUACAGCUUGGUUGCGAUGUCAAUCUGCCUGACAGGGACGGGAACCCGACCUUAGGUCUAUAUCUAGAAUCAUUUCACCUAGGAAUACAGAGUGAUAUAUUUCAUUCGCUUGUUCAGAAAGGUGCCGAUCCUCUCUGGAUCAAUGAACAGGGACAAAAUUUGGCACAUCUCGUCAUGCAUCAUCGGGGAGCAGAUAUCACGGUCCUUGAUUAUCUGAUUACUGCUGGUGUGGAUCCAACGACCAGAGAUAUUGAUGGGAAAACAUUGAUGCAUCAUGGAGCGAUUCAUGGUGUUUUCACCAAGAAGCUGAUGAACUUUCUUGCCUGUAAAGCUGUCUUGGAUGUUUGUGCCACGGCCACAGACUUUACCUGCAAGACUCCUCUCGAUUAUGCGGAAGAACUGGCUCAUUCGCAAUCAUUAAGCGAGGUGUAUGAUAAUGAAAGAUCGAAAGACUCGUUGAAGAGUCUGAACAUAGCACUUCUGUCGCGGUAUGAUUUCUUUUCCAACGAUAAUUGGGAGUCAAAAGCUAACCAAAGCAGUUCCGGAGAAGCUUUUAAAUGA